AUGACACCAGCGAGAGGCGUGAGUCACGACAAGACCUUACUUCAUAGGAUCAUUUCUAUAGUAAGCUCUUCACGAGAUCCACACACCAGGUGUGAUCGUGCAAGCCGCGAGGAUGAGACGUGGCGCGGCGCCCUGAGCGUGAGGCGGGCGCGGCUUCGGCCGACAGCCCUCGAUGAUCGUUCACUCUCCGCCUUGGCGGGGAGCGUGGGGCGUCGUCGCUGUCUGAGCGGCGGC